GUCGAAGAGUUGGCUCAGAAGUUUGUGUGCCGCGUGCUCCGUUUUCCCACUGUGCCGCGCGCGCCCGUGAACGCGGCGUUGCCAUGUUGUUGUUGUAGCGCGUUCGGGGCCAGAGCGCAGCGCCGGAGUUUCCAGCUUCCAGGUCGGUGUCUGCGGACACAGCGGACACUUUUCUGAGAGGUGAGGCGCCGCGGUGACCGACUUCGUCUGGAUUACAACUCCGCUUCGAGAGGCCGUGAACAGUUCCCGUCGGCUGCUGCCAGUGUAAGAGCAGGACCAAUGAGAUCGAGCGGGACCGAUGAGAUCGAGCAGGACCAAUGAGAUCGAGCGGGACCGAUGAGAUCGAGCGGGACCGAUGAGAUCGAGCAGGACCAAUGAGAUCGAGCGGGACCGAUGAGAUCGGCCGUAGGUUUCCGGUUUCAAGGUAUACCGAGGUGGAAUUGAAGAUGGUGGACCAGCUCGCGAAGAGCGAGGCCAACUCCAAGCGGAUCGCGGUGGUGGAGGGCUGCUUCGGCGCCGCGGGCCAGCCACUGGCCAUCCCCGGCCGCGUGCUGAUCGGCGAGGGCGUCCUCACCAAGCUGUGCCGCAAGAAGCCCAAGGCGCGGCAGUUCUUCCUCUUCAACGACAUCCUGGUCUACGGCAACAUCGUCAUCCAGAAGAAGAAGUACAACAAGCAGCACAUCAUCCCGCUGGAGAGCGUCACCAUCGACACGGUGCCGGACGAGGGCGACCUGCGCAAUGGCUGGCUUAUCAAAACGCCCACCAAGUCCUUCGCCGUCUACGCCGCCACCGCCACCGAGAAGUCGGAGUGGAUGAACCACAUCGGGAAGUGCGUGGGAGACCUGCUGCAGAAGAGCGGCAAGGCUCCCACGGGAGAGCACGCCGCCGUCUGGGUGCCUGACUCGGAGGCGACGGUGUGCAUGCGCUGCCAGAAGGUGAAGUUCACGCCCGUCAGCCGCCGGCACCACUGCAGGAAGUGUGGCUACGUGGUGUGUGGGCCGUGCUCGGAGAAGAAGUACCUCCUGCCCAGCCAGUCGUCCAAACCCGUCCGGGUCUGCGAGUACUGCUUCGUGCAGCUGACGUCGGGAGGCCUGGCGGUGCGGUCCGACUCCUUCGGCCGGAUGGGGUCGAAGUUUAACAACCUGUCAGAUGAUGACGACGAAGACGACAGCAGCGACUGAGGAGCGCACGCCGUCCUCCCGGCGGCCUGGCCCCCGUCCCCUCGUCCAGGAGGGAAAUACUCUUAAUUCUGCAUUUUUUCGGUUUCUUUGGCUCCGCCCUGAGAUGAACUCGACUAAUCGUUUUAUUUUUCCUUCUCUGUGAUUCAAGAGGGAGUAAAUAUUAUUUUUUCCUGAACGCAGUGAUUUAAUCGGUGAAAUGUGGAAAUAACCGGACGAGCAGUGGUGAACCGAGAGGAGGGGAAACGUCUCGACACCUUCACCUCUUCCACGCCGCUCGGUCCGUCGGUCCCUCUUCAUCAGGCUGCAGCUCAUCACUACAGAUCACGACGGUGCUAAUGACAAGCCCCUCCCCCUCAACCCGCCUCUUAAUUUAAUUUCUCCCUUGAGGAUUUUUUUUCUCCUGUCCAUGAACUACACAAGGUGACUGCUUGUUAUUUCUGCAGGGAAAAGUAAAUGUGUGGGCUCUGACCUUUAACCCCUCUGUCCUUCAGGUAUUUCACCAAACUUUUUUUCAAACAGAAGUUUGGUGUUGUUCUACUUUUUAUUUUAGAAAUUUGUCUCCUGCACUUUUAUAAAAAGACAGUUUUCUAGUUGCCGUAAAUUUCGCUGCUUCUGACAAAUCACUUGUCUCCAUUCUCUCAGCAGCUUCCCCCCAAAUAACUAACUCCGCCUCUUUGCCUUCGCGGUCACAGGGUGCCUUUUUUAGACGAGAACAAACUGAGCUCAGGGGUUUGACGGUGGACUGACACACGAGGCACAGUUGUCGUUUGGUCUCGUGUUGACUGGAAGUUCAGUUUGUAACUUUCCUGAAAAGUUUGUCUCUAAAUCACAGUCUGUACAUAAAGAUGGACGACAGGUCUCUUCUUCCUCACGUUGUACAAGAACGAAGCUACAAAAUAUAUCAAGACCCCGCCCACACACACCCUCUCGACCAAUCACGAGUCAGUGUCAGCUGUCACUCAUCACGUCCCAGCCCUGUUGUUUUAUAUCAUCGAAUAACUAAUACAUGAACAAACAUCAGUGUUAUAAGAACUACCUCACAUGACAUGGAGGGGGCGGGGCUGAUGACCUGUACUGCAGCCAGGCACCAGGGGGGCGAUCGUGAGGAUUUGGAGCUGUCAUCGUGUCUACCAUCUUUAUUUACAGUCUCUGCUUUAAACCAGAAAUGUCACUUUAGCCGGAUAUAAUAAUUAGUACUUGAAAUAAGAAUGUGUUUGAUGAGAUGAGAGUGAGUUUUUUUGUUUUGUUUUUCCACUAGGGGAAUUUAACGAUCUGUAAUCUGGAGCUUCAGAUUAUCUGAACCUGCUUCUGGUUCCUUUUCAAAUCAAACGCUCCUCUCCUGAAUCCAAAGAUGAGGAAAGUGGAGGUAAAGAAGAAGAAGAAGUUAGAGUUGUGUCCAGUUUGAUGCUGGUAUGUUUUAAAAACACGGGAACAUCUCCCACUUAACUCCAGUCGGCAGCCAUUUUGAAAACGUAUAGCAGAAACAGCCACGUUUCUCUCCGGAUGUCUGCGAAUGUUGAUUCCUGCGACGUUACAGGUCAUUAAGUUUCCUGCAGCGGGAGAAAACGACAUAGUCGGAUGUCAGAUGUCAGAUGUUAGAGCAGCCCUCUGGAACGUUUGUGUGAGGAAGCAGGAAACGAAAAGCAAUAAUCAGUCGUCACGAUGAGCGGAAGAGUUACAGGAGUGGAUGUCGUCACGAUUCCUGGUUUGCAGGAAUCCGGAAAUCAGUGUGUCGUCUUCCUGUCGGCGACUCAUCGCCCCUGUGCCGAGGUCAGAGGGCCGGAGGGCCACGUCGCAAAACAAACGCACCCUCUCUCUGAACUUGCGUAACCCCACGCGAACCCUUUUUUUCCCCCCCUGCUGCCUUGUGUCCUUCCAUCCUUCCUUCCUUUCUUUAUUUUCAGCACCAUAACUCUCCUGCUGAUCAUGUGACUCGUGUACGUGACCUAAGAUCAUGUGAUCAGUCAGUGGAGCAGGAAUUUGGCUAGUUGGUUCGGGGAAUGAUGAUGAUGAUGAUGAUGAUGAUGAUGAUGAUGAACUUCCUGCUGCAGCUGAUUCAGGUUCUGUCUCUCACAGAUGUUCACGUGAUCAGUUUCACUUCCCAGCGACUCUUUUUUUUUUUAAACGGGCGACUUUUUAAAACACCUGCUGAAGGCAGAAGUGACUCGUCUCAUACGAAGAAACUAAACACCUGACCUGUAUUUAUUUUAAGUUGCUUUAUUUGUGUGACAUCACCCGAUAGAUUCAGUCUAAUCAGAACUCUACAUUUCCUGGGUUGAAAAACUAAAAGGGACACACACACACACACACACACACACACACACACACACACACACACACACACACACACACACACACACACACACACACACACACACACACACACACACACACACACACACACACACACACACACCCCGGCAGUGUCUCUCGACGUGCGCGACGUUUUCGUUUUUCCCUCCGUUUGUCGUAUGCGUAAGUUCUCUGUGUACGUCCCUUAAAAAUAGCACCCACAGUGCAACAGGAGAAGCACUUCUCCGCGAACAAUCAAAAUUAGGAUUUUUAGGAGUAGAGUUCACCACAUCAGGAGUCUGUAUUUCAAUUCAAUCAAACACCAAAUCUCACACACACUCAGAAUCUGUCAGUAAAUGUGUCUGAUUGUUUUCUUCCAGAUCCAUGAAUUAUUUCCCGGGUAGAAAUGUCCCGGCUCCGCCCCUUUGUCCCAACUUGUCCUGGAUUCUUUUCUUUGCGCCACGCUCCGUCCUCCCAGCGAGUUGACUGGAAAUCUGUUCAGGAACUUUUCAAACAAACUCCGUCACACUCGAUCAUCGUCACUCGCUGUUUGGAUUCGCUCGGUGUCAGUCCUGGUCCGGACUGACGGUCCUCGGGAGUCGGGGUUGUCUAGUUGUAAUUUCCGACUCGGAGGUUUUCGAUUCCGAGCUCCGGGAUCAUACUAGGACGAUAAACCCGAGUUCCGAGGUAUAACGGGACGCAGGGUAACUGUCAGUCACUGUCGGGGCUUUUUAAUGCUGCGUUCCAUUACAACCUCAGAGCUCGGAAUUCGGACUCAGGAGGUCGGGAAAAACACAUCACCAGCCCGACUUCCGAGCUCGGAGUUCGGAGGUCCAAAGUGACGCAGGGUCGGGUCCGGCCUCUGCGAGUUUGGAGAAGUGAUCCUGGAGUUUCUGCAGUUUUUUUUCCCCACUUGCCAGUUUUGUAAUGAUUGAAGAGAAGUCAGAAUAAAAAUUCCUGUUUUUUUGGAACAAACCCCUUCAGAGGAGGGUUUUAGUGGAAACUACGGGGAACAUUAUAUCACCGCAUCUGAAUCUGAGAUAAAACAGGGAAACAAAAAGAACUCGAAGCUCGCCCUGCGGCUACGAGCCGCUACGCGUCACCAGCAUUAACCAGGUCGUCGCUACGGGACGGAGAAAGGGAUCGCUUUCUUUUUUAUUAUUAUUAUUAUUAUGGUUUGAAUUUUUACCAGAUUUACGUCGCUGCAAUAAAAUGCAACAUGAGAAACGAGCGCGGUGAUGAUCACUCACUACCCAGCUGUUCUUUUUACUUGCUGUGACCGAGGAGACGACGUCGCAGAGUCUCCCACAUCGGGUUCUCAGAGUCUGACCUCGGGUUCUCUGUGGAACGCACUUCACUCAGCGGACGCGUGGAUCUGAUCCACAGCGAUGCUGUCGGAUGCUUUUCUUUUUUGGAAUUUGUUUUGUUUGUUGUUUUAAUCCCGUUGAUUCAUUAUGUUUUGUACAUUUGUACAGAUGUGUUCUGGGUAAUUAUGUUUUUCGUUGUACAGCUACGAUAAGUUCUGAAAUGACGCUGUUCUCAGCUCCUCUUCCUCCUCGACCCGUCAGUCACAUCUGAGUCGCAUCACAGGGUGUUGGAUGUGUUCGUCACAUCUGUUCCUCCGGGAGGUCGGAGGUCAGCAGCUGGUACGGGGCUCAGAGACCUGGUCAAAGAUACUUUAGUUACCAGGUUAUAGUCGAUUCACUCCUGUGACACAUGGCAGCUGGACAAACCAAUUAUCGCUGUGUUCCUCUAAUAAAUAUUAUUGAGCUAGGAAAAGCUCAGAUGCUCUGACAUCAAACUUAAAACCAGUUGGAACAAGUGAGUAAAGCAUCCAAACGUAAAGAGGACGGCGGAGAAGUAACCUGGUUACUACAGAAGAGCACGAGGGUCAGACAUGAGAAGCAAAACUGAUUUUACUUUUGCUUUUUGAAAACUAAAGUCAUAAUGUGGAGAAUAAACUUUAAAUUUCAAGAUUAAAGUCCCAACUUUUAGGAAAAUAUCAAACUACUAACGUUAGCGUCUCGAAUCUGUGAAUUUUUUCUCCAGAUUUUGUUUUCCGUAUCAAGGAAUUUCCUUUCUUUUGGCUCUUAAACACAAAAGAAGAAGAACACUCGUGGGGAGGAGGCAGAGCAUGAGUUCCUCUAUUGGUUCACACACAAAGUCCCAGAAAGCAAAGCUCCAGCAGCUCAUGUCCCGUCAGACAGUCGCUCCUCCAACUCUGAUUCGCUGCAGCAGAGGAGUUUGACUGUUCUCGACAUUUGAACAUCUCGAAAUUUAAAAAAGAAAAGAAAAUCUAACUCUUCUUCCUCUUUUGGCCGCUUCCUGCGAUAAAGUCGUACAUUUUCAAAGUUGACAAGGAGUCGCACCGAGCUCAAUGUGCAACUAACGAUUAUAGUGUCUGUUCAUCAAUAAGCGUAAAAAAAGUAAAGCCCCUGUGUAAUCUUUGUAAUUAUCUGUCGCCAUUUGGUGGUAAAGUUGCAAACCGCAACCAACCGAGCACCCGACAGGGGACACUUACGGCGGCGCACCGUUGAUUCCGUUUCCUGAUUGUGUAGUGAUGACGUAUUCUGGACCGUUUAGUUCAACAACCGUAUUCAACACAACGUAGAAACAUGGAGACUCACACGGGGGUCGGGUCCACUUCAUGUCACUAUAUUUAACUCGUAUGAACACAUAGUUAUGGAUAAUAUAUAAAAUUUCUGUGAAUAAUUUUUUCUAAAUAUUACACACUGAAGCUUCAAAGAUAAUCAAUUCCCAACGAUCUUAGAUGGAGGCUCAAACUAUAGAAACGCAUCUGCGGUUUUUCUGCAAUUGACUGAUUCAUUGAUCCAUUUGUCGACUGAUGGUUUCGGCUCGACCCUUAGCGCGUCACAAAGGAGUGAACACGCAGCAAUGAAAUAUUCGCUUGUGAAAGAGGAGCAGAUCCUGAGGUGGAGGAGGAAACCUGGGACAGCUGAACAUAGAUAUCACUGUAAAGUGAGUUGUUUUUUUUUAAUGUUCUCUCUCUGUAUGGCUCGUGGAUGGUGGCGUUUUUUUUUUUAAAUUUUAAUUUUCAUUAUUUUUAAUAGCUUCUCAAGACAAAAAGGGCUUAAAUCAGAUUGUAACCCAGCAAAUCACUGUUUAAUACUAAUUUCUCCUCCGACAUCUGUAAGUGAACGUUAUGUAUAAAUAAUGUUUUGCUUCAA